GGCGCUCUCCAAUAGAUUCCAUUUUCGUGGCAGUUCACCUCGGGUUUUUCUUGCACGCACCUUCCGAAGACUGAUCACAGUAUCGAUUUAGAGCUACCUUCCGAGGCGGAGAACUCGGAGCGUGCCGAAACAUGCUGCCGUCAAUCAGGAGCUUGACCCGUUUCGGGACGACUUCCUCUGCGUGCGCGAGGAGCAUGGGCUCUGUCGUUUAUCAUCCGGAAGACAGGAUCGUCAACGACAGUGAAUCAUAUCGAAAAGGGAUCCGAUUGAACCGCUUCGGGAGUCCCAGCGUACUCCCAGCGAAAGGCUUCACUCCCAGAGAUCCUACUGACAAAAGACCCAUCAACACAAUGCCAGUUUACAAGCCGAAACAAGCCUGGGCACCUAAGCGGGCGUUUUUCGGGCAGAACGAUUAUAUCGAUAUUCUCGGAGACGGAAGCGCCAGGCCCACCGACUGUAUGAGAGGGGUGCCGGCUUGGCUUCGCGGCUUCCAGGGAAAUGAAUACCAGAUGUUAUUGUUGAAAAGGCAAGCGUUUCAACACUGGAGAGCUCUACGACCGAUGAAGUACCAUCAGAUGAAUCUGCGUAUUAAGUUCCUUUACCACCGGCUGAAUUUCAAGACACCCAGUUAGACGCUUGUUCGCCGUAGCGAAGACCGUAGAUUUGAAUUCGUCACGAAAAACGAUCUUUCUUGUACCUGGACGCUGGGUAUGAGAGCACUGGCCAAGUUCGUUCAGUAAACGGAAAUAAAGUACGUUUAUUCAACU